AUGUUUCAUUCAUUCAAGAAGGAGCUGAAGAGCGACGAUGACGAGGACGUGACGGUGGUCAUCUAUACACUCGCAGACGAUUCUGAAGGCUACGACACCGUGACGGAGGACGCCAGGACAAAGAGCAACCAACAAAUUCAACACACAGCAAGAGGAUAUGGUAGCAGUUUGAUUGAGAUUGUAGACAAUGUUGAAGGUCACGACCCCGACACACAGGAUGAAGACACUGACGCGGUGAGACGCCUAGAAGUACAACACACAGGAGGAGACACUGCAUGGAGCAGGUGUUACAGAGUGACUGCAGUGUGUGUGCUGCUGCUGUGUGUUCUCCUGCUGACUGCCGUCACGGUGCUGUGGAUCAGAUUCACCAUCCUGAAUACAGAAAACAACCAGUUACAGACCAGUUACAACAACCUGUCUAUAGAGAGAGACCAGUUACAGACCAGUUACAACAACCUGACUAUAGAGAGAGACCAGUUACAGACCAGUUACAACAACCUGACUAUAGAGAGAGACCAGUUACAGACCAGUUACAACACCCUGACUAAAGAGAUAGACCAGUUAGAGACCAGUGACAACACCCUGACUAUAGAGAGAGACCAGUUACAGACCAGUUACAACACCCUGACUAAAGAGAGAGACCAGUUACAGACCAGUUACAACACCCUGACUAUAGAGAGAGACCAGUUACAGAUCAGUUACAACACCCUGACUAAAGAGAGAGACCAGUUACAGAUCAGGUACAACACCCUGACUAAAGAGAGAUACCCGUUACAGAUCAGGUACAACACCCUGACUAAAGAGAGAGACCAGUUACAGAUCAGGUACAACACCCUGACUAAAGAGAGAGACCAGUUACAGAUCAGGUACAACACCCUGACUAAAGAGAGAGACCAGUUACAGAUCAGUUACAACACCCUGACUAUAGAGAGAGACCAGUUACAGAAGGUUAGAGAGGAAUUCCAGAGGCUUUCUAAACAGGGUGAGUAA